AUGUCCAAACGCCACCUCUUCACCUCGCCGGACGGGCUCGUCCCCAAGUCCCUGCGUGGCUUCAUCACCUACAACCCUUCCCUCUCUCUCGACCCGGAUAACCGUAUCGUCUUCGACACAACUCACCCCAAGUCCAAUGUGAGCAUCAUCUCCGGCGGCGGCUCUGGUCACGAGCCCGCCUGGGCCGGCUACGUGGGCGAGAACAUGCUCGCGGCCGCCGUGCAGGGUGACAUCUUUGCCUCGCCCAGCACGAAGCAGAUCUUGGCCGGCAUUGAGAGCGUGCCGAGCGACAAGGGCACUAUCCUCGUGGUGACAAACUACACGGGCGACUGCCUGCACUUUGGCCUCGCGGGUGAGAAGGCCAGCGCCGCUGGCAAGAAGACCAAGAUGAUCAUCUGCGGCGACGACGUGUCCGUCGGCAAGAAGAAGGGCGGCAUGGUCGGGCGACGAGGCCUGGCUGGACAGAUUGGCGUGCUCAAGGUCAUGGGCGGUGCAGCCGGCCAGGGCGGCUCGCUAGACGAGGUCUACGAUCUUGGUGUCGCCUUCUCGGAGCAGAUUGUCUCCAUCGCCGCGACGCUCGACCACUGCCACGUCCCCGGACGCACAGAGCACGGCAUGCUCCAGCCCGACGAGGUCGAGAUCGGCACCGGUCCGCACAACGAGCCUGGCUACCAGAAGCUCAGCCCUCAGCCCACGCCCGAGUCCCUCGUCGGCUCCAUCCUCAAGUACACCCUCGACCAGAACGACCCGGCGCGCGCCUACGUCAAGUUCAACCCGGGUGACGAGACCAUGCUGCUCGUCUCCAACUUUGGCGGCAUGUCUCACCUCGAGAUGGGCGCCCUCGUGGACGAGCUCCUCAACCAGCUCGAGGCUGACUGGAACAUCACCCCGGAGCGCGUCGUCUCGGGCUUCCUCGAGACCUCGCUCAACGCACCCGCCUUUAGCGUCUCUAUCAUCAACGUCACCGCGGCCGCCAAGAACUGCAGCUACUCGGUCGAGCAGAUCAAGUCCUUCUUCGACGUCCGCACAACCACCGCCUGGGAGUCCGUGGCUGGCUCGCAGGCCAAGCGUCGUCCUCGCGCUGAGCAGAUCGUCAAGGCCCCCAAGGAGCCCGCAAAGGUCGUCGACGAGUCGCGGGAUCUCAAGGUCGACCCCAAGGUGCUCGCGAGCAUGCUCCGCAAGGCGUGUGAGGACCUCAUCCAGGCCGAGCCCGACCUGACCAAGUGGGACACCGUCAUGGGCGAUGGCGACUGCGGCGAGACGCUCAAGACGGGCGCUACAUGCCUGCUCGCCGCGCUCGACGGAUGUGUGGCCCAGUCCGGGUCCGUGGUCAAGGUCCUCCAUGAGCUCGAGGACAUUGUCGAGAGCAAGAUGGGCGGUACGCUGGGCGGCAUCCUCGGCAUCUUCUUCGUCUCGCUGCGCGCCGCGCUCGAGGCCAACAUUGACAAGGCCUCCCAGGGUCUCGAGCCUCUCUGGGGCAUCGCCCUCACAAACGCCCUCGCCAGCCUGCGGCGCUACACCCCGGCCAAGAUUGGCGACAGGACCGUCAUGGACGCCCUGAUCCCCUUUGCCGAGACCAUGUCCAAGGCCACCUUUGCCGACAGCGUCAAGGCCGCUGCGGACGGUGCCGAGGGCACAAAGACCAUGACCCCCAAGCUGGGCCGUGCCACCUAUGUCGGUGCAGGGUCGGGUGAUAGCGGCGAGCUGCCCCCUGAUCCCGGUGCUUGGGGCGCCAGGGUCGUCAUUGAGGGUUUGCUGGCUGGUAUGAAAUGA